GUAUUGGAUCGGCAUUUGAUUUCGUUGGCAUGAACAAUAAAAUACGCGCGCAGCUCAGCUGCAUGCGCGUAUCGAGUUGACCUUCCUUAGAGCAACACGCUUGUGUGUUGCUGCCCUCUACGUUCGUUGGUACGGAUCGUCGCUGCUGCAUCAUACACUGCAUGCGCGAUGUACGCUACAUGCAUUCCGCGGCCGCCGGCCCUGAGAGCUCCUACCCGCGGGAAAAUCAAGCACAGUCAUAACAUUGACGGUGUAACAUUGUCUACGGUCAAUCCUCUGUCUAGUCUCUGUCUGACUUUGACUUUUGUCUUUGGUACCGGUAUGCAUGACUUAGUCUAGAUCGAGAUAUUCAUUUGCAAAUCAACGAAAUCCCUGGACGAAAUUAUGGUGCAGCUUUACGUAAAAUCACCGUCUGCACCUGGUGCUACUCCAGAGUGGAUGUUAAUAGAGCUACAAGGAGCUAUAGAAUCCCCGGAUGAUGAACAGCUCGCUGGGAGAUUCAUAGGAGAUUUACAUUUCAAUCUCAAGGGGGUGCCAGUCCUUAUCAUUGGUCAUCACAUCCUGUAUGGAAAGGUUGCUAACCUUGAGAAACCAUUUCUUGUUUUGAUGAAAAAUGAGAAUGCAUCCAAAACCGAUGAUGAAGAUGAUGCUUCACAUACCAUGGAUGUAGAUUCCAGUCAUGAUGUUAGAGGUUGUGCUGAAUCAUCCCUACAGGACGAUACACACUACUAUGUCAAUGCAGUGAUCAAGAAGAAAAUGAUUUUCAAAACAAGACCAAAACCAAUCAUUACUAGUGUGCCCAAAAAGGUUUGACAUUGAAACUGAUUGAAAGACAGACUUUGCAACUUCCAAGAAUCAUCUAUGGCACAUAUCCUAAUACACUUUGCAGCAAUAUGUCAGUCAAUAGAUUAUCAUAGAUCUUACACCUUGGAUGGUGUGGGCAUGUCAUCACAAGGCUUGUCUUUGUUUCCAAUGGAAUUUGUCUAGAUUUGGCAGAUUGGAAUCUAUUUAGAAAGUUGGAUAUGUAAGUACUUCAUUCGUUGGCUAGGGAACAGAUGUACAAAGUCAGUGUGACUUCGAAAAUUUAGAAGUCACUUUAAUAGUCAGUGGGUUAGCUCCCAUCACAAUGCUCAACUACAGUGUUGGUAUUAAAGAUCAUUGUGUGACACUUCUUAUGUUAGCUGGACUAAUAUAUAUUUAUCGAAUUCAGAAAAUAAUUAGAAUCACUCCUGGGUGUUUAUCUUUUAAAGACAAAUGUGGUUUUAGAAGUGAAAAAUUAUCUGCAAAUAUUCCAAACAUGUAACGCACAGCAGAAUUUGUACAGUCCAUUAUAUUCAAAUUUAAUGCUGAAUAUGUUUAUGGAGGCAGCAUAUAUAUUAUUUUGGAUGGUUCAGAAUGGAAUACCAGAGAUAUUCCAAGAGUUAGGGGUUAUAUUACACUAUCAAUUACAAGGCAAGCUGGAUGUAUAGCUACAUGUAUCUUUCUGAAGCGAAGCUGAAGAAAGCUAGCGAGUACAUCCAGCUUGCAGAGAAAGUGAUAGGUUGCCUCGUCACCUGAAAUCAAGAGGUGAUUAUAUGCAUCAUAUUCCGCAUAGAGAACCACUAUAAACGAAGAAACCGAUAUCAAUACGUCUCUGUAAGAAUUUUUUUAUCAAGGUUUCCUUUGAAAAAAGAUCCAUCAAGACGAUUAUGCUUGUUUUAAUGCGUAUAUAAACUUUGCAAGCAUCCGAGGUCUUGCUUCAACUUUAUUUUGACCUCACAAAGGAACUUUACCAUCAAAACAAGCGAGGGGCAAUGCACUUUUUUGCGUGUAUGUACACUGCGCGCGCCCAUCUGGAUCUUGAGCGAUCGUCACUGGAGGUGAUGGACCAAAAAAAUCGAGUGGCAAAAUUCACGCAUACUCAAACUAAUUCAUACGCGUUAUAACCCUAUGGGCUGAAAAAGAUCAGCAAAACAAAAAAGGUCCAUUACUGCGAGAAUUGAUUAAUGGGAAACUACCCUUUAUCACUUGACUGACUUCUGGCCAAUCCAAUUGCAAGAUUCUUAGUAUGUGGAAUACAUGUAUAACAUGUAAUAACCUGUGAUGUGAUUGAUAUGAAAAUACUUGUCACAUAUAUUCAGAGUAGUAAAGUACAGUAUAUGAACAAUAUUAUUUCAAGUUUAUUUGAAUGAAUAGAGUGGAGUCAAACUAGUGUAAAUGGUGAACAUUUUCUUAAACUUAGGUAUGAUGUUUUUAUGAAAAAAGCAUCCUUAUAAUAAGAGUUAAUUCAAAUUGGCAAAUUUCUAUGUUAUAAAAAAAAUCAAAGAAACUGAAUAGAUCAAUGAAAGUGAUUUUUUGUGUGUGAAGGAGUAAUAAAUGGUAAGAAAGUUGAGCAUUCAAGUGUUGAUAUCACUAGUGCUCUCCUCCCGUUGGAUAUGUGACCAAGACUGAUGUCACACAUGAACACGUUUCCCACUAUUGCUAUACAUAUUUUAUUUUAAUUGUUUCUUUUUUCAAGUCUAGAUAAGGUUAUCUUGUUGUGAGAUAAUGAGAGGACAUGAAGUACAGGUUUCACAAAAUACAGUAUAUCAUGGAUCAAGAAUUGUUACUUUAAUUAGAAUAAGGAAAAUUUACAUUUUCAGUGUCCAGAGUUGUUCAUCUGUGAAAUCAUAUAUCUUGGUCACAUUGCAAAUGGGAAGAUCUCCAUCAGCAUUCUCAACAUUUGAAUGCUCCUAAAUAUCUUGAUUGUCCAGUUUUUUUCAUAAUGAUAAUAAUGAUUAUUACCUGUAUAUAUCAGUAAUGAUCACAAUAAAACGUGCAUAAUUAUAUUAAUCAUGACACAACUGAUAUUUAAUUAUACAUUACUUUGAAUUAUUAUGUUUUCAUCUAUGUCAUAUUUGCAUAUUUUGAUUUAAAAAAAAAUUAAUUAUUAUAAAUUUUAUAUGUGCACGUACAAUUGUUUUGUCAUGUGAUUGUAAUGUUUUCCCUGAACUUUGUUGGAAAAAACGUAUUCAGAUUCUUGGAAUGAUAAUACUAUAAUAAGCAGUUCUUAGAGACGCAUAAUACCAUAUAAAUAGUCUCUAUGCAUGUAGAAGAAUUUUUGAUUUCUAUAGGGCUAAUACAUUUGUAAAGUGAAAAUGCAGUUAAAACACAACUGUGCCCCCCCCCCCUUGAAAGUGAGGACCUUAUUUGUUUUUGGCUUGUCAAAUUUUUUCUCAUGAAAAUGUGCCCCCCCCCCCUAUUGAAAAAAAAAAGGAUCUGACCCUGCUUCCAACAAAUUGAAAAUUUGCUUGCUCGCUCACAUAUUGAUAUUUUCUGUAAUUCAUUACUUUAUAUGUCAACAUGUCCAUUACAAUAUAGCCAUCGAAAAAAUCAUGAUAGGCCUGUAACUGAAAGAUGGUAGUAUCAUGUAUACAUUUGCAGUAUAUACAUACGUAUACAUUGCCUGUGAUGUGAUAAUUACACACUUGAAAGAGGUUCUUGGGCAUCAUUUUGUCUUCCAACUAUUGAAAAUUUGCUCGCUCGCUUCGCUCUCUCCCAUAUUGAUAUUAACUGUAAUUCAUAACUCUAUAUCACAACAAAUUCGUUGCUAUACAGAAAUCGAAAAAGAUCGUUAUAGGCCUUUAACUGAAAGAUGGUAGUAUUAUAUAUAUGGUUAUAUAAUAUACCCCUGUAUACAUGGCCCUUGGUAUGAGGUGUUCCCUAAAUAUUGUAUUUUCAUGUCAAUAUAUUGCUAUCAUCCCCCCCCCCCCCCACUGCUCGGACUGCAUUUACACCAGUUUCCACCCAAUUAAAUGAGGGUUAAUGACCAAGUCCACCCCAACAAACAGUUAAUAUGAUUGAAAAGAGAACAAAUUAAAGUACCGUGCAUAAUGCUGAAAAUUUCAUAAAAAUGUGAUAAAAAGAACGAAAGUUAUGUCAUUUUAAAGUUAUACUUAAAUUCACCAAACAGUCAUAUGCACAUCCUGGUCAGUGUGCUAAUGAGGGAAUCAAUGUCUCCACUCACUAUUUCUUUUGUAUACACAUUAUGAUGUGAACUUGAUUUGAUUUCACCUUGAAUUCUUACUACUUCUACUGUCAGAUUUCACCCAGGGUAUCCACUUCAGUUCCAUACUUUUCUCCCAGCGUGCCCUGCUUAAUAUGAUAAUGUUAUUACUACCCUGGCUCCUUGAAUAUGUGGGAUUUCCAUUGUCGCAACCUAUAGACGUUUUAUUGAGAAGCAAACAUGCCAUGCUGCUGUCAGGGCUCUUGUUCUUUUCAGACUGGACAACUGCAAUAGUCUCUUCUGUGUUUUUAGUUAGAAGAACUUGCAUGUAGACCGACUUCAGAGACAACAGAACUUAGCUGCUAGGCUCGUCUUCUCCGCUCCCAUUCGUACACGCACAGAACCUCUCUGACUGCAGCUCCAUUGGUUGUGAGACGGAGUAUAGCCUUCAAGUCUCUCAAUCACCGAAGUCCAGAAUACAUUGAUAACAUUCUCAAGUCCAUUUAAUACUCAUUCGUCAUCAAUCUAGCUUAUUCAACACCUUUCCUAGAGACAUGCAGGUGAAACAUCCUUCCUUGUGGUCACUGUAAAACUAUGGAACCACCUCAUUGCUGCAGUGAAGAAGGCCUCCUCUGUUGACAAUAAAUCCAAUCUAUUUUGCUGCUCAGAGGAAAAUGACUUGCAUGGACUAAGCCGAGGUGUUUAAUUAUUGUUUUAGUGGCCCAAACAAGGAUAGUGUGUGUGCAGCGAACGGAAGGAAAAGGAGCUAUCAAGUGACUAUUGGAUUGUGAUUCAGAGAAAAUGCUCCUUAUUGUCAAAUCUGCAAAAUGUAAAUAUUCUUUAUCUCUCAUAAUGAAAUACAAAAUAAAGUGAGUGCGUGACAUCAUUGACUCUCAA